AUGAAUGACACGGAAAUAUUUUGCAGAGACAACCAAACGUACAACUUCACCGAGGGUCUGUGUCAGAUCUCGACCCCUCCGCCGUACAGCCCCAUCGACAUCACCACGUUCAUGCACAUCUUCCCCUCGAUUUACGGAAUCCUGUGCUCCGUUGGAGUUAUAGCCAACGGACUUGUGAUCUACGCGGUGGCGGCGUGCAAGAAGAAAAUGGUCUCGGACAUCUACGUGCUGAACCUGGCGAUCGCCGACAUGCUGUUCUUGCUGGUGAUGCCCUUCAACAUCCACCAGCUGGUCAGAGACAGGCAGUGGGUGUUCGGAAACUUUAUGUGCAAGGCAGUUGUUGUGGUGGAUGUCAGCAACCAGUUCACCACGGUCGGGAUAGUUACGGUUCUGUGCAUCGAUCGGUAUAUAGCUAUCGUGCACCCCAGCUCGGAGAAGAGGACGGUGCAGUGGACCAUCAUCAUCAACAUGCUGGUGUGGCUAGGCAGCUUCCUCCUCACCAUUCCGGUCAUGAUGUACGCCAAGGUGGCUCACAGGCAGCAUUUAGAGGUCUGCAUGAUGUACUUGGAUGGACCUGAAGACAUGUACUGGUACACUCUCUACCAGUCCAUCCUGGGCUUCAUCAUCCCCCUCAUCAUCAUCAGCACCUUCUACUCCCUCACCCUCUACCACGUCUUCAGCUCCAUCCGUCGGGUCAAACGAAAGCAGUCGGUGUGGGCCAAGAGGGCCACCAAGAUGGUUCUGAUGGUCAUCGCCUUGUUCCUGAUCUGCUGGUCCCCCUACCACGUCAUUCAGAUCGUCAACCUGAGCAACAACACGCCGACCAUCGCCUUCGUCUACGUGUACAACAUCAGCAUCUGCCUCAGCUACUCGCACAGCUGCAUCAACCCGCUCAUGCUGCUCAUCUUCGCCCAGAACUACCGCGAGCGCCUCUGCCGCCGCAACGCGCUGCACAGCUCCCAGCACUCCUCAAAGGUCACCGUGGUCAAGACCGACGGCUCCAGCGCGGCCAACGACCCCAGCUAUCGCAUUACCGUCAUCUAAUCGGGGAGGCGCCUUUAUUUCUUUUUUUGUACGAACAAUCCACGUGUAAAUGUCCGGCUGCUCGCCUAAAAAAAAAAGGCGUGGGGGCCUCCGAAGUCCGGCUCUCCAGCUUUUGUCAUCUGAGCGAGACGGAAAUUGAUAAUACACACAAACUAAGAAAGAGCCUGAAAACAGGAGCAGUCGGAAUCCAUCUUUGGUGGGCCCUCCUUAAGUGCAGGCUGCCGCCAUUGUCAUGCUGGUCAGCGUGGACGCUGAAGUGCAGAUAUGCCUCGGACAAACAUUAGCAUGCUCGGCGGCAUGACGGAAUUAAUUCCACUGUGUAGAUGUCUUAUUUGUUUGAUGAGCUGUUUAAUCAGUGCACAUCGUGGCGUCGUCUGUCUGAACAGAUGUGAUCUGCUGCGAGACCAUAAUCAGUAAUCUAAUAAAGAACUUUUUAUAAGGGCUUGGGAUUUGUACCCACUGGCCUGAAUAAUGGUUACUUUGCUGACGUGAACUGGAGAAGUAAGAAACGGUUCCAUUUAUUUUUUUUAAGCAGCUGUAAAUGUUAUUUUCAGUUACGUGGUAUGGUUUCCACCUUUCGUAUCAGCACACAAGUACAUGGUUUUCAAAAAUGUUAUUCGUGGAGUUUGCCACGCCAUUAGAAUGUCAUUUUCCUCUUUUUGACAACCAGUGAUCUUUCAAUUGUGUGCAAAGUACAGAUAAAGUAUGUUAAGCAUUUAGAAAACAUCAGUUAUGACUUUUUAACGUGUAUACAUUGCUCACAGUAAAACACAGGAAUCCUAUUGGUCCCUCGGCAACAUCUGUUGCAACUGUAAGUACAAUCGUCAGACUGUUGUACUGUAUCUGUUUACUUUUGACUGGACCGCGCCUGUAAGUCAUAAGUGAACAGUUCUCUCACUUUGUUUUGGAGCCCGCUGGUUAAAAACGGUCACAUUUAAAAAGAGUGGCUGUAUAACUAUCGCAAGACCAGCGUUACAGCUGGCCUCUGUUUGUUUCUAAAUGUAAUCUCUGGACAGUGUGGCAUGAAGCACUCAGGAACAGCCGUUUCUUCCACGGUCAAAACCUGGAUGACCACUUACAUGGAUGGUGAGGUUUAUCGGGACUGUGGUUGACAAUGUUGUUGGUAUUGUUACGAUGUGACUCCACUGUCGUCCGUCCCUCCCAGCCUUACAAGCUGCUGUGUCUACAAUUCAAGCAACAUAUCUCAAGAGGCAUGAAAACGCACACAUACAGACAUACACAUGUGGCAGGUAUGGGAUCCAUAUAUAUCUACAUAUGGAUGUUGUGUAUUGAUUCAGCAGGUGAUCGUUGUCUAGAUUUGUAGAUUUGUAUCGUUGCUAUGUGGUUCUUUGUAACAUGUAUGUAUCUUCCUGAUGUCUUUAUGCUCCAAUGUGUAUUUUUGUGAUGAAGAACUUUUGAGAAGACAAGUCGUGAUAUUGCUAAGACACAAAAAGAAAUUUGUUUACUUCUCAGCGUCUUGUCAUUUGCUAAAUAAAAUGUACGAGAAAAUGUACGUGAAAAAUAGUAAUGGAUAAUGAUUUGAAUCGGU